CUGCAAUCAACCUUGCUAUCACUCGAGUAUUCCGCCAGACAUUCGUCUGGGGAAUUGAUAUGCAACCAAGGUCACCCGUACAUAUUCCGUGAUGCACCUAACAUUCGUCAUGCGCUAUUUUCUGUUUCUAGUCCUCCUGCUGGUCGCAACGGUCGCCCUGGUCUCCGCCGUCCCCGCAGGCUCCAGCAUCACUCCACCGCCGCCGAUCGAGCCCGUUCAAAUUCUAUCCUGCCAGCCACCCGAUACCCGAAGGCCAUGGACUCGGUUUCGAGACUGGAUCAUUGAGUCUAUAUGGAGUAUACCAAAGUCCGCCAGCAGUUCACUGCGCGGGCACUCCCCGCCUCCCCAGGCUCUGGCGCGAUACGGCAGCGAUGUGGUUCUACGGUUCACCCUGCGCAACGAGGAUCAAGCGGAAGUACUGGCUCAAGCAGCUGAUAUCUUGUUCCUUGACGUCUGGGCGUCGACGCCCCAAUUUGUCGAUAUCCGUUUGGCCCAGGAAGUGAUCCCCUCACUUCUCGGCUUAUUACCCGCCUCCCUCCACACUGCCUACACCCCCUUGAUCGAUGAUCUAGCACACAGGAUUUAUGCCUCUUACCCGAGUCGCAGACCGGUGGGGCUCAAUGGACAGUCGGGUUAUAUCUCCUCAGGUCGGCAAGCCACGCAACUCGGCGAGGUCUUUUUCCACGAAUACCAACCCCUUGGCGUCAUUGUGCCCUGGAUGCAUCUGAUGGCUUCGAUGUUUCCUUCCCAUGCGCAGAUGACCAACGUGGGAAUAUCCUAUGAGGGCCGAGAAAUUCCCGCACUCCGACUGGGUGUAGGCAGCAAUCGUGACAAGAGCCCCACGCCGCGCAAGACCAUCCUCCUCGUCGGGGGGAGUCAUGCUCGUGAAUGGAUCAGUACCUCGACAGUGAACUACGUUGCCUACAACCUGAUCACCAAGUACGGUAAGUCCAAGGCGGUCACCCGGCUGCUGGAGGACUUUGACUGGGUGUUAGUACCCACGCUCAACCCCGACGGCUACGUGUACACCUGGGAGACGGAUCGUCUCUGGCGCAAGAAUCGCCAACAGACCAGUCUGCGGUUCUGUCCUGGGCUGGAUCUCGAUCGGACAUGGGAUUUCCAAUGGGACGGCGAGCGGACGCGCUCCAACCCCUGCUCCGAGAACUAUGCGGGAGACGAGCCAUUCGAGGGGUUGGAAGCACAGCAGCUGGCCCAAUGGGCUCUCAAUGAGACGCAGAGCAACAACGCCGAAAUUGUCAGCUUUGUGGAUCUGCAUUCCUAUUCGCAGCAGAUUCUGUAUCCUUUUUCAUACUCGUGUUCGUCUGUGCCACCUACCCUGGAAAGCUUGGAAGAGCUUGGCCUCGGGCUGGCCAAGGUCAUCCGGUAUGCCACGCAUGAGAUCUAUGAUGUCUCAUCGGCGUGUGAAGGCACGGUCACCACGCGAGCGCCGGACAGUGGACGCUUCUUCCCCAUCGGUGGAUCCUCGGGUGGUAGCGCUCUUGACUGGUUCUACCACCAGCUACACGCGACCUAUUCUUAUCAGAUCAAGCUCCGCGACCGUGGUAGCUAUGGGUUUUUGCUUCCCGCGGAGCAUAUCAUUCCCACCGGGAAAGAAAUCUACAAUGUGGCCUUGAAGUUGGGAUCCUUCCUUCUCAAGGGGAAUGCCUUCGACGUUGACUGGGAGGCCGAGAUGGAAGACAUCGGAGUGGUUGCUACGUCGGAGGAUGAUUUUAAGUCUGUUACUGGAGACCACCUGUCUGUAGUCGAUGACGAGGCCACGGCCCCCGACACUGACCCAGACGAACCAGAGGAAUGGGAGGUGGUGGAUUGGACGGAGCAACAUUCGUUCGAGUUCCGUCGGUGAUCGAGUUGACUUUACAGAAAAGUCUGCACUUGCGAUUUGUUUCUUUCUCCACCCGGGGGCGAUACCUAGCUGAUGGCUUGGGACGAUGAUUCUACGACUAUGACUAAUGAUGCUUGUUUGGCAGCAUGGGAUGAACCAGGAACCAGUGUAUAUUUUUUUUAUUAAUCUUUUGGUACAAUCUAUGACUGUUGAUAUCUGACCGAG